AUCAACUGUUUGUUUCUUGUGCAACAACACCCAUGAAAGAUAAAACCUUGGGUUGACGUAGAAUGAAGUAAUUCCGUGAAAGUUUCACGAAAUUUUGUAUUAGUCAUCCGUUCAUUCAUCACUAGCCAUUCAUAGAAUCUGGAUCUCUAAAAAAAACACACUUUAAGCUGAUCCAACCCUCCUUUAAUAAUUUUCUGACGUUUCUCAUUAGGAUUGACACUCCCAACUUUCUGCAGUGAAGCAUCAAUAUGGCAAAUCCUAGAUUUGCAACGGUGCUAUUUGUCUUUAUGGUUUUCUUUGUGGUUUGUUUACAGAAUGGUGAUGGAUAUAAAAUGUGCAAACGAAAAAGUAUAUUUGGAGUAAAAAGCUACUUCACAUGUCCUGAACCCGGGCAAACUCCAGACAUGGUAUUCUGUUGUGGAGAUGAUGAUGACCUUGGAGGACAGUUCUGCUGCCGAGGUCUUACAAUAGACAAUGCCCUGAGGAACCCUUUGCGAAGCAUUGGAUCGAUUAUCGCAACCAUCGCCGGAGUUCUUGGUUUUUUGAUAAUCCUCUUUGUAAUUUGUUGCUGCGUGUGUCCUUGUUGCCUUCUUUAUAAACGGAGAACCGGCGGAACUGUUUAUAGAUCCACUGCCGUACCUACUUCAACAGGGCCUUCUAAUGUUAACGUGACAGUCCUUCCUGCUUCUGGCACAGGAAUGCAAUCAGGACCCCCACCUGUCGGGUUUACAGCUCAAGCUGGUGGGAACCAAGGCCCAGGCUAUCCUUUGCAGCCAAACUACGCUCCUCAACCCGGUUAUCCCACCCAACAGGGCUAUCCUCCACAGCAAGGCUAUCCUCCACAACAGGGCUAUCCUCCACAGGGCUAUCCUCCACCUGGUGGCUAUCCACCAUAUCCUCAACCUCUUCCUAACCAAGCUCAUCCUGGUCAGCCUCAACCCUAUUCAGAUCAACCUCCCCCAUAUCCGGGGUCACAAGAGGCAUACCAGAAGCAAUCUCCUUAUAACCCUGGAUACUAAUAACAGUUUUCAUUUAGCGUUGUUUUGGGGUAUUAUUAUAUUUUGUUCUAGUUUGGUUGCGUUGUGACCGCAUGAUCCAAGGAAACCCGUCUCUCAAAAAUGUACAUUAUUACUUUUCUUAAAGAAUCUCUUUUUGAUGUGCGAAUUUUUUGACUGCCUUCACAACUUUCAUCACUCGACGUUUCUCUGUUCUUUCCUAAUCACGUUUACGCGUCUAACCUACUAUUUGGGUUUCCUCGCUUCAAUGCCCAUGUUAUACAUGAUUUGUUCAAUAAAUUCGUAACCAGACA